CUCUCUCUCUCACAAAAUAAAAAAUGAUGAAGCUUUCGUGUAAUGCAGUGGACCAAAUCCACGGCGGGGCCCAAUGCCGCUUCCUGGGCCCACACAAGACCUACUGCGCCGCCCCUCGCCGGAAAGUUUCGAUUUUGCCGUGGGGGAGUGGGAAGAAGAGGAGGGCGGAGAUUGUGGCGGUGGUGUCGGACAGAGGAGCGGUGCCGGGCCGGGUCGAGCCCAUGACGCUGGCGGAUAGGUUGAGGCAGGGGAGCUUGGCGGAGGACGGCAAGUCGUAUAGGGAGUGCUUUAUUGUGAGGAGCUAUGAGGUUGGGAUGAACAAGACUGCUACUGUGGAGACCAUUGCUAAUCUGUUGCAGGAGGUUGGAUGCAACCAUGCUCAAGUUGUGGGAUUUUCAACAGACGGAUUUGCGACAACCACCACCAUGAGGAAAUUGCAUCUAAUAUGGGUUACUGCUCGCAUGCACAUUGAAGUCUACAAGUAUCCAGCUUGGAGUGAUGUUGUUGAAAUAGAAACGUGGUGCCAAGGGGAGGGGAGAAUUGGAACUAGACGUGAUUGGAUUCUCAAGGACUAUGCCACCGGACAAGUCAUUGGAAGAGCAACAAGCAAGUGGGUGAUGAUGAACCAAGACACCAGGAGGCUUCAGAAAGUCAGUGAUGAUGUUCGGGAAGAGCAUCUAGUUUUUGCUCCACGAGAGCUAAGAUUAGCAUUCCCAGAGUCAAACAAUAGUAGCUUGAAGAAAAUUGCUAAACUGGAAGAUCCUGCUGAAUAUACGAGACUAGGCCUUGUGCCAAGGAGGGCGGACCUGGACAUGAACCAGCAUGUUAAUAAUGUCACCUACAUUGGUUGGGUUCUAGAGAGCAUGCCUCAAGAAGUCAUUGAUACCCAUGAACUUCAGACCAUCACCUUAGAUUACAGGCGGGAGUGUCAACAAGAUGAUGUAGUUGAUUCCCUUACAAAUGUGGAACACGUAAAGAACGCUGAAGCAAAUUUGGAUUCUAGAGGAGCAAAUGGAUCUCCUGCUGCAACAGAAAAUCAUGACUACCGUCAAUUCUUGCAUCUACUGAGAAUAUCAGGUGAUGGAUCAGAAAUAAACAGAGGACGUACAGUGUGGAGAAAGAAACCUGCAAGAUGAGGAAUUCUUUGUACCUGGUUGGUUUCACCUGUUUUUGGUUUGAUUUUGUUUCUGGUCUCUUGUGUUUUUGGUCCUUUGUAUGAGAGGUUUUGUUUCUUAGUUAAUGUCAGCUUCAUAGUUUAUUUUUUGAGCUUUUCCAAUUGUCAGCUGUUACAAAAUGUCGUUGGGUCCUGCACUGCUGUGAAUAUAUUCGCAAAGAAUAUUCACCAUUUUAUGUUGUAUCUGACAUUUAAAAUGGUUACCAAUCUUCAUUGGAAUGUAAUAUUACUAGGUCAAGCUUCAAUAAUAAUUCUUAGCAUCGUUGUGGGAU